AUGACGUUUACAACCCUCCGGGCCUAUAACUCUGACAACAUUGGAUUGUCCUCCACACUCUCUGUCCACCUCUUCUCAGAUGACCACCGUGGUAAUGAGGGCAAUGCCUUGCUGCGGAGCUGCCACCAGGUGAUGCGCAGCGAGUUCUUCUCCCCAGACUACUUGUGCUCCAACCUACCGUUCUGGUGUAACUGGACCAUCCAGGUAGACCCUGGUAAACGUGUGCUCCUCCACCUAGAGGAUUUCACCCAGUCAGACGCAUGCAGCGGGAAGCUGGACCAGAUCCACCUGGUCGAGCCACUGGGGGUCGCAGGGGGUCACAAGAUCCUGAAGAAGUGUUGGCGUGAGGCCAAGUACAGGUCCCUCUCCAACAUCCUCCAUGUGGUUCAGCUGAUCAGAGGCAAACCCAGUCCGCCCCACAGGGGUUUCUAUGGGUGUUACGAGGCGUUCGUACCGCCAGUCACGUACAAUGCUUAUGAUGAUACCACGAAGAAGACAGGAAGGGGCCAUUUUACUGCUCAGACCAACCCGGCGAUGGUGUUUGACUAUUUCGACCAACUCACUUCCUCCUCUGCGUCCAAUGAGCUUCCGUCAUGGGAAGCAGAGGAGCCAAUGAGAAAGUCAGAAAUCACACCGAAGUACCACACUUACCAGAAGGGAUUUAGUUUCAUAUUGAAUCACUCCAUUACUCAACCUUACUUUUGCACCCUGUGUGUGUCUGUCUCGGAUGUGAAUGAGUGUGUGACCCAGCUGGUGCUGUGUGACGUCAACGCAGAGUGUGUGAACCGCUUUGGUUCCUAUGCAUGCCCAUGCCACUCCGGGUUCGAGGACAUGUCUAGGCUGGGCUCAGGAGGAACCAUUUGCGUGGACACCAAGGCCGCUGGUGUGGACCGCCACAAUAAGUCUACGAUUACGGUAGGUCAGCAUAGUCCUGAGCAGCAGCACUGUAACACUGGCUGUACUUCGGAACAGUCCAGCGGGAUGAUCAAAGGCAUCUACGUGGUGUGCUUCCUGUUCAGCUUCCUCAUCCUGCUGCUCCUCUGUACUGUGGGCGUGCUGUACCAUCGCCACCACUGGGGGGCCUUCCUGGUCCACUGUCGGCGCAGCAGCCUCGGGAGCAUCCACCCUCCUGACUGCAAAAACCGUUCCAGCCGCACCAACUCGGAGUUGCCCCCACCCGUAUGGCGCCCUAAGGAUGGCUGGGCUCGCCCUAAGGACUGCUGCCCCUCGGUGGACCUGCCCUUGCUGCGCUUCAGCCCCCUGCUGCCUCUUGAUGGGUACAUGGAGCCAGGGGAGGGUGUCAAGCUUUGA